AUGAAUGCCAACCAACCAUACACUUGCCUCUUCGACUCUUCGUGUUCGUCAACUAUGUCUAGUAUUCGAUCAUCUGUUCGUCAUAUAAUAGACCGAAAUCUUCACCACAGCCAACAACACGCCCUAAUCGGUGUCGGACACUUUCUUGAUACCGCAUAUUCUGCCAAAAUCGAAGCUUGGAACAUUCAGUCAUCACCCAUGAAGCACUCCCUUGCGCAACACACCCACUCGGCAACUUCCGCACGCACUACUGCUGACAACGAGUGGAUGUGA